CACGGAAAAGAGCUGCUUAUUCGAGCAAAAAACAAUUUGAGAGUAUUGCGGAAAACAGAUUACACGCACGUCACGUCCAGAGCUCAACGGUGUGAAAAUAAAAGUGAACCACAGAUCUUCGACUUGAGCGAUUGAUUCAUCUUCCAACUGUGCAGGAAAUAUCGUGACUGCAGGGUGAAUCUUCAGAUAGAACGCACAGAACACACAUUUGUCUGUGACCUACAAGAACCGUACCUGUCCUCAAGUUUUCUGUUUGCCUGUGCCUCGGAGUGUGAUUGUUGGAGCGAGCGUGUUUACGUGUAUUUAGCUAAUCAUCCUUCCUUCGUUCGUAAAGAGUCUGUGAUACGGAAGUGACGCAUACAGUAUGACGGAUCAACAAAUGGAUUGCGCGCUCGAUCUGAUGCGACGACUUCCCCCACAACAGAUUGAGAAGAACCUUAUCGAUCUAAUCGAUUUGGCACCGGCCCUAUGCGAGGAUCUGCUGACCUCGGUGGAUCAACCGUUGAAGAUAGCGAAGGAUAAGGAAACGGGCAAGGACUACCUGUUGUGUGAUUACAAUCGCGACGGCGACUCCUACCGUUCGCCCUGGUCUAACACGUACGACCCACCGCUGGAGGAUGGUUCGAUGCCAUCGGAACGGCUACGCAAGCUGGAAAUCGAAGCAAACCUUGCUUUCGAUCAGUACCGCGAGAUGUACUACGAGGGAGGCGUAUCGUCGGCCUAUCUGUGGGAUCUUGAUCAUGGUUUUGCUGGUGUAAUUCUGAUCAAAAAAGCUGGUGAAGGUAACCAGAAGACGAAGGGCUGCUGGGAUUCGAUACAUGUCGUGGAGGUGCAGGAAAAGAGUUCCGGUCGAACGGCACACUACAAGCUCACGUCGACCGCGAUGCUGUGGCUGCAGACUAACAGACAGGGCUCCGGUACGAUUAACCUCGGUGGAAGCCUCACCAGACAGAUCGAACAAGAUGCACCGGUGAGCGAAACCAGCCCCCAUAUUGCCAACAUCGGUCGUAUUGUCGAGGACAUGGAGAACAAAAUUCGUAAUACGCUAAACGAGAUCUACUUCGGCAAAACGAAGGACAUCGUUAAUGGGUUGCGAAGUAUGCAGUCGCUGGCCGACACAAAUCAGCAGGCGACGAUGAAGAAGGAUCUAGCGGCAGCGCUGCUACGACGAACUGGCAAGAGCGAAAACUGAGCAGCGAAAUUGGUCAUCCGCCCGCCCACGACCAUCCUUCCCUCUUCCCAAUAUUGCUCGACGAGAACUCCAUCAGUAUCCGCGCAGCCACCAACAUUAUCAUCAUCAUCACCAGCACACCACCACCAUUAUCGUCGUCGUGUUCAUCGAGGCAUUUUUGUCAUACUUCUGUAUUGUUUUGCCUAUUAAUUUACCAGUGGCGAUAUAAUGUGAAAUCGCCCUUACUUAGGAUAGAAAGAUAAAAUCAGAACGUUUGCACAAUCCAACACAACAACUUCGGGGCUAAGUAAGAAGAUCCAAACGCUGACGUCGUAACGAUUACACGGCAGUGAAUAACGAAAAUGAAUGAUUGAAGAACCAUUGGUUGGUUACAUGGUAUAAGACGGCGGAACUAGAACAGAGCCAACGCAACAAUUCUGCAUUUGCUUCGAUAAAGCGAGAGAGUAAAAACAGGAAUGUAAACUGGAAACACAAGAGUUGUUAGGUUGCAGCGAAGUGCACGUAGGAAAAUCUUUUACCAACAACUUAACGCCCUCUUUAUUGCAAUUAACGUAGGUUACUAAUAGCUUAAAUGAAAGAGGUUCGCUAAUGAGCAUUCGGUGCAGACAAAGUUCGUACAGGUUAAAUUCUUUAGCGUUUACAACUAGCAAACAGUAAAGCGGAUGUGCGGCACUUUUAGACUGUUCAUCUUUCCAAUCCUAUCCGUUCAAUUGAUGCCCGGAUCCGGCAACAUCUUAGAACACUAGACAGGGUUAAUUGUUCCGUUAGUGUUUCUUGUAAGCUUACAACAUCAUUCUAUCAUCAUUUUCCCUCCAGGAUGGUCCAUUGUUCCCUGUCUUAUUUUUGCUGCACGUUAGGCACAAUAAGUUAGAGGAUCCAUUUUUUUGCGUUUUAUAUUGUUUUCCACCCAUGAACCAGUCGAUUGUAAUACGUGUCAAUCACGCCAAACCGAACUCUUUCUCUUCCGCUCUUGUCAUUAUGUAAAUCCGUUCGUAUAGUGUCCCCUAUGAAGAGCGCGGAACAAAACCCGAAACGAGAACUAGAACGAAUUUCGGUGUCCUUAGCAGGAAAGGGCUGCAGAGGAUCCAUGAGCAAGAAGUAGCAGCGACGCGGAACUGUGGGAAAAUAAUUUUUAUAUUUAAACGAAAUGAGCAAAUGUACGAAAUAGAACGGUUCACACGAAAAAACAAAUAAAACUAAAUUCAA